GCGGUGGGGCGGGGGCGGGCGCCGUGACGGCUGCGGGCCGGCGGUGGCCUGGAGGGCUCAGUUCCGCCGUGGCCGCCUCCGCAGCAUGGUGGCUCCCGCGGCUCUGCCGGCCGCCGGCCUCCUCUACUGGGUGGGCGCGCUGGGCGCCGUCUAUGUGGCGGCGCGGGCUGCCUUCCGCCUGCUCUCCGGCCUCCGCGUGUGGGUGCUGGGCGGCGGCGGCGCCGCCGUGGGGCCGGCGCUGGGCGCCUGGGCAGUGGUCACAGGAUCUACUGAUGGAAUUGGAAAAGCCUAUGCAGAAGAGUUAGCAAGACGUGGAAUGAAGGUGGCUCUAAUCAGUAGGUCAAAAGAAAAACUAGACCAGGUUGCUAGUGAAAUAAAGGAGAAGUACAAAGUGGAAACAAAAGUUAUUGUGGCAGACUUUGGAGAGAGAGAAGAUACUUACAGUAGAAUCAAAGCGGGAUUGGAAGGCCUGGAGAUCGGCAUUUUAGUCAACAACGUGGGAGUUUCAUAUGCUUAUCCUGAAUAUUUUAUGGAUAUUCAAGACCUGGAUAACACAAUUGACAAAAUGAUUAACAUUAACAUCAUGUCUGUUUGUAAGAUGACACGAUUGGUGCUGCCCGGCAUGCUGGAAAGAUCAAAAGGAAUAAUCCUGAAUAUCGCCUCAGCUGCUGGGAUGCAUCCAACUCCACUGCUGACUCUUUAUUCUGCAACAAAGGCUUUUGUGGAUUACUUCUCCCGAGGCCUCCAUGCGGAAUACAAGAGCAAGGGCAUCAUUGUGCAGAGUGUUCUACCAUUCUAUGUGGCAACAAAAAUGUCUAAAAUCCGCAAGCCAACCUUCAGUGUGCCCAGUCCUGAAACAUAUGUAAGAGCUGCCUUAGGCACAGUAGGCCUGCAGACCCAGACCAAUGGAUGCCUACCCCAUGCACUCAUGGGCUGGCUCUUGUCUUCUCUACCUUCAUCUGCUCUCAUGAAUUUGCUCAUGAAAAAUAACAAAGAAAUACGUGAUCGUCAUUUGAAAAAAAUGAAGGAAAAGUAAGUUGCAGCCAACUUGAUCUUGGAAGUCUGGGACACCUGCAGGUUGCAUAUCCACACUUCAACAAAUAGACCUAAUGCAUUAAACAUUUUCAAUUGUAGGUGUAUUUUCUACUAAGGCAAAACAUGAUCCUGUUCUGAGGAUACAGAUAAAAUGGGAUUCUUGACUUCCAAUAUGGAUUUCAAAAUAGGCUUUAUUUGUUUAUAGAUAUGUUGAGGGGGGAGGUGCUUCGGACUAAAGUUGCACUGUGCUUUAAGAAAUACUUAGGUGGGCUUGAUCAGACAUUGCCUUUUUGAGGAACAGCUUGGUUAUGUAGCGUCCAACAAGUCUAUGCAUUAUGUGCGUGGUGAAGGGAAGAGCGAUAGUAGUUCUGUCUCUUACAUAUUGCUGGAGAGGUGGGAAGGAAUGGGAAGUGAGCACAUUUGUUUUAAAAGGCAGUCUGGCACUAUUCACAGAAUAUAACUUCUUUCUGGUUCAGGUUUAGGGCAUCUACUAUCAUUCUGCCUUGUCAGUGUUGCCCCCUGGUUACACGGUCUGGUCAAUGAAAGUGGCCCACCUUGGCUGGGUGGGGGGAGGAGAGCUCAGGGACAGCUUUUGGACUGUGUAGAGGUCAACCUGUCCAUAGAACAAAACUGCCCAUGUUUCAGGCUAGUAUGUCAAUUAAGUUGUUUUAAUUUAGAAAGGAUUCACCAAUUCAUGAAGUGAUCCUUAAUCUGAACGUUUUGGAAAUCUAUCCAUGGAGUUUACCCACUGUGUUGAAAUAGGUUCUUGCACCAAAACCUGAGUGAUCAUUUAGGUGAACUUCAACGGUCCAAUGUGACUUUUGGUUAUGAACUGAAGGGAAAAGGACCAAAAACCAUAAUGAGUGUAAUUCCACAUCUAUAAAUAUAUACAUAAAAUAAUAUUACUAAAAGUAUUUGCGUUCUUGGUUCUUGAAUGUGGAUUCUAACUUUGCAGUAAUAUGUAAUCUUUGACUUGUAGUAACAGUUUAGAAGUUCAGUGCCUGCUCUUUGUAGUAAAUGGUGAUGACACAAUGUAGAUAAAUGUUACAAGUUGUGUGCUACUUGUUGGUUGCUAUGUAAAAGAUUGGUACUUUAAAAGCAGAGCUUGAAAUGAGUAACUCUCCCUGUUAGCAAUGAUGGUUAAAUUCUUUCUGAAGUAUGUAUGAGUCUGUCUUCUGGUGAGGCCUUUUGAAAUGAGAAUCCUGAAUAUUUGAAAUAGCUCUGAAAAUACAAUAAUUAGUACCAAUAAACUUCUGCAAAUGCAGAAGAACUUCUUAUACCAGUCAACUUGCUGUAGGUGCUGUGGGCUUCUGAGUUGAGAAAACUGAAAUUGUUAGGAUGUAGAGUGACAUGGAUUUAACUGAGUUGUUUAAAACAACUGAUUUGUUUCAUAGCUCUAUUCCAAAACUGAGUGCUCCAGUAAGGUUGAAAUUAUCAACUCUGAGAGUUAGGGAUCAGAGUAUAUAUGAGAAGUCUGCACUGCUGUUUUCUGUAUUUACAUGCUCCUUCAAAUAGAGUUUUUGGUCUCUAGCAUUCCUUUUCAUGAAUGCAAAAGGUACUAAAACUUUCAAACCAAUUUAAAUUGCAAAUAGCCAACUGUGGUGACUGCUUUUGGUUAAAGACUGGAGGUGGUUUUCCAUACCUGGAAGAAAAAUUUCAAGCUCUGACUUUGAAGUUAAAUAUGUUGUACUGAGACAAGAUUUGAGGCUAACAUUUCUGUACAUUGAAAAUACAAGAAUACCGAUGCAAUGGUGCUGGUCAAAUGAGAGAUGCAGAUCCUAUCUCUUAGCUUGCUUAAUUUUUUGGAACGGGAAUGGUGAAGUCAGUUCUGUAAAAGCACAUUCCUUGGCUUGCUCUGGAGAUGACAUGGAAGCAUUGGACUAACCAAUCUGUAUGUUCUUUGCCUUUGUAAAACAGAAAUAAAUAAAAUGGGAUUUACUCUGAA